UCCACUUGACAACAGCAACAGCAGCGGUGGAUGCCUUCAGUUCACAGCUAUUGCAGUGCAACACUCGUCGUGUUGACUUCGACUUCCUUUGCUAAAGGGCGAACCUGUUGUACAGACCAUCAUUUGCAACGACACCAGAGGUGAUUCUGCAUUCCUCCAGAAGCUUCAAAUCAGCACGGGCUUAAGCUUGGUUUCCAGCGCUGUAUGGACAUUUGGGGACGCCAAGUCAACUAUAGCAAAUUCUGAAAUCUUUUGUGAGCCUGUGUGUUAAACUUCUCAAUGGCUCGUCCAGCUUCCAAAGAAAGCUUCAAGCAGAGGAUUACCAGCAUCUUCCGCAGGAAGGAAAGUGCUAACAUUCCCAAUGUAGCAACCGAGUCCAGAUUUGAGGAGUUCCUCAUUACUCCAGCUCUACUCAAGGAGAUUCACAGGGAGAGUCCGUUCAGUCAAAGGGUCAAAGCAGUAAGAGAUCUAUGUGAAUUGGUGACGACCAAAAGACUGGAAGAUAAUGGGAUUGAAGCUCUGUGGGCAGCAACAGCAGAUUUCCUGGAGCCUCAGGUUCCAAUGGAACACAGACACCUCAUGUUGACAUUUAUGAAAUGUAUCAUUGUUGGUCAGAAUGAAAGGCUUGAGCUCAUGAGGGCAGUAUUCUUCGAGGUUAUCAAGAAGCACUCAAUCUUUGAAGAUCUGCCUCAAAGAUUGGAUGUCUUGAAGUCACUCAGCGCCAAUGGUAAAAACCUGCUUCACUUUGAGGAGGACAUGGGACCAUUCCUAUUGGCCUGGAUGCCUGAUGUUAUCAGUUAUGGCAUGACUGCUGAGUUUUUAGGUCUUCUUGUCAAUGUCUUCAAGUUCAACUCCUGUUACCUUGAUGACCACAUUGUGUCUGGACUUGUAAGGCAUACGUGUACAGUGUGUAGUCGUACAGGUCGUGAAUAUGACAUUGAGCAGUCUUUGAAGGUCUUGGAAGCUGUGGUUUGUUAUAGCUGUCUACCUACAGAUGCACUCUACAACUUUGUGACAGCACUGUGUAGGACGGUUGGAGUGCAGGAAUUUGCUCAGGCCAGUUGGAAGUUGAUGCGAAAUCUGUUCGGAACUCAUCUAGGUCACAGUGCAAUCUAUACAAUGUGUAGUAUCAUGGAGAAUGGGCAGAACCAAGGCGAUGUAAUUCUACUCAGAGGAGCAGUGUUCUACGUUGGUAUGGCACGUUGGGGAUCAAUGAGAGUGCAGUCACUCAAACACAACUUCACCUCUGUCCUACCAUCAUUCCUGAAGGCUUUACGUUGCAAGCAUCCCACAGUAGCAUAUGAAGUGACUCUUUCCCUUCAGCGAUUGGUCAAGAAAUAUGGCAAGGACAUGCAGCCUGUCACUUGGGACAUUGUGCUGGACAUUAUUGAGGACCUCUUCAGAAACAUACAGAUCUAUUCUACCCAUGAGCUUUUGCCUGAUGAUCUUCACGAUCUGUUGACGACAACCGAGCUGCUUCAUGAGAGUAAAUCAUUCAGUGGUUCUGCUUCCAGGCUGUUUGGUAUUGUUGAGGAGUUUGCUAACAUUAGACCGGAGAGUUCCGUCCUGACAUUGGUGUCAUUCCGAGCCCAGUCCAUCCAUCCUACCAAAGUUGAUUGGAUUCAGAACCUUCAAGGAUUGAUGGAUAGUUAUUUCAGAACUGAAGACCGUACAGCAAUCAGGGAAGCAGCACUGCGCGUCUUGUCAUCAGUUCUCAGCUCCACAAGUCACCUGUAUGAGGAUGACUUGAUUGAGAUGGUUGUCUUGCCUCAGCUUGGCCACAUCUCUGAGGAUCCCGACCCUGUCGUCCGUCAAGCUGCUGUUCAUCUUUUGAUGGACGUGGCUCAAGUUUGCCAAACUCAUCGCUGUGUGGACAUACUGGACAUUAUACAGAAGGUUGUCAUGAGACCCAUGCACACCGAAGCAAGUCUUGGUAUCACCUUAGAGCCAACUGAUACAUCCAAGAAUCUUGUCCCGCAUCAGAGAGUCGCUGAGACAGAUGAAGAUCUUGUAGAUAUCAAAGCAGCUGUGCUCAGUCUCAUGGAGCUCUUCAGGUCUAAGUUGUAUCGUCUACCAUCCAAUCAUUGUGUUCUUGCUUUUGAGCUGUUAGUGAAGCAUAUGCAGGCACAGUACCAGCAUACAUUCAACUCAGUCACAGCUCGGACAAUCAGACUCAUGGUAUUUGAGUAUCUUCUCAUGCUUCGUUCAGACAGCAUGUAUCACAUCGGUCUUCCAGACAAAGAUGGAAACAUCAGAUACAGCUCCUACGUCCUCUGUGAUUACAAACUUGAGAUGGAUAUCACUGGUAAGACCUCCCCACCUUCAGUUUGUGCAUCUCCUCCCAUCGUGGAACGUUUCUGUAAGACAACCUUCAUUCCCUUUGCUGAUGCUUUCAAGGUUAUCACGACCUGCUUGAAAUAUGAGACAGACUGGCACGUACUGAACAAGGUGUCACAGAGUUUGGCUAAAGCCCUGCAGAAUAGAACGCUGGUCCUAGCAUCCAAUGCAAACUUGGAUUUGCUGUGUUUGACACUCUGCACUAUGGUUGAUGAUAAAAGUCACAUUCGCCGACUGCAUCACACACCGCAGACAUUCACUAGAGCUGAUUUCUAUGUUGGAGUGUAUCGUGUUCUGACAGCCCUAGUGCCUUACCACACUCAACUUGAGAACAGACGACAGGUUGACCUUAUCAAAUGUCUGGAGGCUGGGCUGAAGCUGAAGUGUGCCCAACAAUGCGUAGAUGGGCUAACGCUGUGCGUCAUGGAAAUGCAAAAUACAAUGGUCAAAAUACUGCCCUCUAUCAUCCUGGAGAUGUCUAAGAUGUCAGCCACUCCUAACAUGGCCAUCCCUGUCUUGGAGUUCCUAUCAAGUUUGAUUUGGUUUCCGCAUCUAUAUACCAGUUUUGUAGAGAACCAGUAUAUGAGCAUCUUUGCUGUGGCGUUACACUAUACCAACCCCUUCAAGUUUUCAUUGUAUGUAGUGUCGCUGGCUCAUCACGUCAUUGCAAUGUGGUUUAUCAAAUGCCGUUUGGCAUUCCGCAGAGAGUUUGUUAAUUGUAUUACAAGGGGGCUUAGAGCAAGUUCACCUAAGAUGUCAUUAGACAGUCCGGGACGUGUUAAACUACGUAGAAGCAGCAGCUUGACUGAGAAAACUAGCCAGUUGUCGAAGAAAGAUGGUGGUAAAUCCCAAGAGAAAACUCAGGAAUCUGAGCGUGCGAGUACUGAGAUACUGAGUGAGUUACACUCAUUACUCACUGAGGGAUGUCUUGACAUGAUGGCUAGAUAUGCACAUUCCAACUGCACUACAGUACCAAAGAGGUCCCCUGUCGCAGAAUUUCUCCUGGCUGGUGGCCAAUCACAGUCCUGGCUGCUUGGCAAUAAGAUCAUCACCAUAACAACAAGUGGUGGAAGUUCCAGAAUGCAGAAGAACGGGAUUUGUGAGAAGUGCCAAUCGCUCAUCAAACUUGAAACUGGAGAGGAUCCAAAGCAGUGCAGCACAGAGAGCUCUACCAUCUGGAAGUCAGGGGAAUCCAGCAAAUCUGUUGAUGAGCCUUCUGGGGAGCAGCUGGCUCUGUCCAAGGGGUUUCUCAGAAGGCAACGGUCCAAGUCUGGAGAGAAAUCAUCAAGUCAUGGGACUACUUCUCCAUCCUCAUCCCCACUUCCCACUGACAAAUCCAAAUCCUUUGAGUAUAAUGCCCCACCAACUCCUGAGAAGUCUGUGUCUGAGACACGAGGAUCUCGUGCCAAUAGUCCACCGCCUCCCAAGUCUGGAAGAACCAGCGGUGAUAGCCACAAGUCUAAGUCUGGAGCAGCAAGUCCUGGUAGUACAGGCCGGGCUGGUUCUCCAGUAGUAGGUGAAUUGAAGCCCCAAGCAGAGACAUCUAAGGAGUUUAUGGAACGAGUUCAAGCAUCAUUACAUGAGAGAGCAGAGUCUUCAGCUGCCAAACUAUCCUCACUUAAUGUCUAUCAGUGCAACUGUUGGUGUCAGGGGUGGGCUGAGGUGUACGUGAGACGUCCAACUGGCAACACAUCAUGGAUUAUGAGGAUUGAGAAUGGGGGCGCCCUUCUCCCAACUACGCAGGACUUCCCAUUGGCAGAUAUCUCUUCACUCUUGCUGCGUAAUCGAGAGCUGGAUUUAGAGAUCGAUGCCAUUGAGUUUGAGGAGGAUGAUGAUGAUAAAGAUGAUACAGAAGAGAUGAUACUUGAGGGAGAUGGCAAGAUGGGAUCACAGGAGAAGGAUGUGGAGCAUAGCAACCAAUCAGUUGCGAAGCAACAAGCUAACAACCUUUCCCCUACGACCCCUGACCUUCAUGUUAGCGGAGAGUCAGCUGGCAUUAAUGAUGUUGGUGAUGAAACUCAGUUCUUCCCUCCAGUAAUGGUACCGUUGCCAUUUGGUUCGGGGCCUGCCAUAGUAGUUGAUCCUUCGUUUAUCUACCACGGCAGCAGUUUUUCUGAUGAUGGUGAUGAGGAUUUCAAGUUUUCCAAGCCCAAGCUAGGUCAAUCUCCUCAAGUGCACCAUGGAAUAUCCUACUUCCCAGGAUACACUGCAGCACACACAGAUACUGAAGACCAGAGUGUCGACAUGGCAACAGUCAUUGAAGAUGCAACCACUGAUCUGGAAAACAUCACUGAGUUAGUGGAAGAUCCUACAACCGACCGUAGAAUCUUUCCACGAUCUAGCUCAUGUCCAAAUAUCAUGGAGACCUUGACAUCAACAGGAUCAGCGGAAGCAGAGACAGAGGAUCCUGAUGAGUUGAGCACAUCACCAAGGACUGUAGUCAAGAGCUUCCAACAGAAGCAAGCUCCUAUCUCUAGCUCCUACAAAGAGAUGUCUAUACUUGAGCAAAGACUGCUUCUUCAGGACAGCGCUUUUGGGAGUGCAUGUAAAGACAGUGAUGCUCACCCCACUGUAAACGUCCAAGAAACCACAAAUCAAGAAGGUGAAUCAAAACUCCAAGAUGCUGUGGACUUGAUGAAUAAAGACUUGCUCCAAACUGAAGUGGUAUCAACAGCUGCUGCCACUUCAUCAGCAAAGUUUUUAGUGCCACCUGAUGAUGUCUCACCAUAUACUCCAGACCAGACUCAACGGCGUGGAGGACAAAAGAAACCAAGACCUGUGUCUUUACCUCCACAAACCAAUGGGGAGGAGUUACAAAUACAUGUAGCUACAUCAGAUACCAAGAAACAGACUUAUGUUGGAGUGGAUGCCUUAAAAAGGCAACAGCGAACAGAGCUACAUUCGGUGGGACGUCCUAGAGGCCACACAGUAGCUUCCAUGGUGUCAUCUGCUUCCAAUGAGGAAUAUACAGGAAGAAGACGAAGAACUUCUGAGAACAGACCAAGGGUGAUGAACAGAACGGGGCUCAGUCCAAGUUUUAUCUUUCUUCAGAUCUACUAUUCGCCGAUGUUUUCUGAUGACACAGAAAGACCAAUGGCUCUCCCCUUAUCACAGGUGACUCAGCGGGCAGUCAAGGUACUAGACAGAAUUCCACCCUAUGACACACACAAGAUAGGAGUGUUGUACGUAGGAUCAGGCCAGACAAAAGACCAGACAGCCAUCUUAUCUAAUGUCUACGGAUCAACUCGUUAUGUAGAGUUCCUUCGAGGUCUUGGUAGGUUGAUAUCACUGAAAGACGUCUCUCCUAACGAGGUGUACACCGGUGGUCUAGAUCAUCAAGGAAGUGAUGGCAAGUUUGCUUACUGGUGGCACGAUGAUAUAAUGCAAGUAAUUUUCCAUGUGGCAACUCUGAUGCCCAAUAAGGAAUCAGACCCGACUUGUAACUGCAAGAAACUUCACAUUGGUAAUGACUUUGUGUCCAUUGUGUACAACGAGAGUAAAGAACCAUACCAGCUGGGAACAAUCAAGGGCCAGUUCAACUUUGCAGAGAUUGUCAUUGAACCACUAGAUAGUGAGAGCAAUCUGGUCACAGUCCAAGCCAAACAAGACUUGGAGGCAAUGAUUGGAAGCCGUGGUCCGCGGAUGAUCACCAACAAGAACCUGCCACUGUUAGUGCGUCAGAUGGCACUACAUGCCAAUCUUGCUUCUCAAAUCUACCAGAGCCAAAUGCGAGGCAGCUUGGCUGAAGCUUACACCUCUAAUUGGCUGGAAAGAUUGCGUCAAAUCAAACGUCUUAGAGGCAAAAUCUCCCAGGGGGCUCCCUCCAAUACGUUAGCAGCAAUGGCAGCCACGUCGUCUCUUAGACAUCAUGAAAGAAGGAAAGGAUCUUCGGUGACUCUUGAUGACUUCACUGAUUAUGCUUGAGUGCUGGUCGUGUUGUAAUAGUCAAUGUCAAUGAUAUGAAUUGGUUGUUAUUUUAUGGACCAGUCUGAGCAUGUUGUCAACUCUAUCACAAUGGUGCCCUUCCAUGGCAAAAACAUUGUGCUAGCUAUUGUUCAGAUAGUCUGUCAAGGGCUGAUUGCUUGGUAAAAUCCCACACACAAUGGUUUCAUUCAGUGAAGGGGAGUUUGUGCAUUUACAGUUAUCAUAUACCCACAUUUGUCUAUAGUGAUUCAUUUACAAAAGCAUAUUCUCUAGUUUUGUCAAUUAAAAGCACAGGAGACAAGAAAUAUCAUCAGUGACAUUUCACUAAUUAUACUCCCUAGCAGGAUGUGCAUUUGGCAUGCCUUAUACCCCCCCCCCAGUCUGCCUUGAUAUCACCCCUCCCCCUUUCCUGCCAACUAGAUCUGCACCUGGAGCCCACUGAUUUACAUGUAUAUGUAACUUUUAUGAAGCAAUGCCACUUAACAUCACUUUAGUCCUGACCAAAUUUUGUUGGUAAAAUUCAGUGCAGAAUUUUAACUGGCACAUGUACCUUUCCAAGUGAUUCACCAAUUUAAUCCAUUUAUGCCGUGCACCGUUAGAUUAAAAGACCUUCCCAAAAAAAUACAUUUGAAGUAAAUAUCCAUUGAUUUGAAAUAAUUAAAUUCCCAGUCUGUGCAUGUGAAUUGUUCAAGUCUUAUUCCCAAGGUUUUAGCAAGCCUUACCCUUGUUGGGUCUGUUUAAAGCUCACAUUCCAUAUCACUUACUGUAAGAAACUACAAUUCAUUAAAAGUAAUUAACUUGUAACAAAUUUAAUUAUGUUCAAGAAAUUAAAAACUUGUAACAAAGUUAAUGUCAAACUGGAAUGCUGUUCAUAUCAAUAAUUAAAAACAUUGAUGAAUUUGUAACACACGUUUCUUUUAACAAAUUGGUAGUUCUAGUGAUUGAUUGGGGAUAUAUGUUGGUGUGUUUGGUGUUUUUUUCUAAUUUAGAAAUCUUGUUUGAAAAUUUAAAAGACUUUAUGUGUAAUAUGUGAUUGAGCAAGAAGAACAUUGUCCUGGCAAGUUAAUUGGCUUCUCAGUGAGUAAGCCUUUUCAUGAAUAUAUAUGACAGAAUUGUCGGUAUAAAAUUGGUUAAAGCCUUUCACACCGUACGUCAGUUUUUAAUUGCAAUCCUUGAAAUCUGUUCCAUUUUAGUUAUUUUUAAUGUUCAUUGCCACUUAUGAGGGCCUUUUGGUACCAUUUUGCAAGAACAAAACUGUUACUAGACAGAAACUCGGUUUCACGUGCACUCAUUUCAGCAUUAAGUGACCUGAUUUGCAUGGUUUUUUGUUAUUGUUCUGCUUUCAGUGUUUCGUUGUAUGUCAGUAAAUAACACUCGGUGAGACAAUAAGAAAA